ACUUAUCUGUGAAAAUCAGAUCGGGUUUGACAGUAGACGAGUAACUAAUAAUUUUUAUUGAUAUUUUCGUGUAGUGCAAUGAUAAUUACAUGAAAUGUAAUUCGUCUUACUGUUCAUAUUUUAUUUUAACUCUUCGCGAAAAGAUUGAUUUACUUAAAAGGGUAGUGUUAUUAAAGCCAGUGUCAUGUAUCCGGAAGGCUGCUUUGUCGAUAUCCGAUGCGAGUGCGAGUUUAGUUUUUUGUAAUCCUGUAAUGUUAUGAGAGCUCUUUUGAGCUGGUUAGCAUAAUGCCAGUACAGCAGAUUAAUGUUAAGAAUUCGUCGGAAAUCGAGAGUUGGGAAUGGAACGGUGGUUGCGGGCGAGAGGUGAUCCGCGGAGGGUCAGACAGCAGUCGAACUUCAUGCAGCAAUUCGAGCGGAGAUAUCUGUCGCAUCUGCCACUGCGAGAGCGAGGUCCACAACCCGCUUCUGGCGCCCUGUUACUGCUCAGGGAGCCUAAAGUACGUCCACCAGAGCUGCCUGCAGCAGUGGCUGACGGCGUCCGAGACGCGCUCCUGCGAGCUGUGCAAGUUCAACUUCAUAAUGCACACCAAGAUAAAGCCGUUCAAUGAGUGGCGGUUGCUAGAAAUGUCAGGCGUGGAGCGUCGGCGUCUGUGCUGCGCUGUGCUGUUCCACUGCGUGGCUGCGCUCUGUGUCAUGUGGAGUCUAUUCGUGCUUAUAGAACGGGCUGUAGAAGAGGUGCACCGAGGACUCAUAGCGUGGCCAUUCUGGACGAAGCUGGUGGUGGUUGCUGUGGGGUUCACGGGCGGUGCAGUGUUUAUGUACAUCCAGUGUCGCCAGUACCUGCAUUUGUGUAAUCGUUGGCGCGCUCACAAUAGGAUACUGCUGAUCCAGAACGCGCCGGAAAAGAUGCCCAUCCCGCACCACUCGCCGCCGCGCGCGGCGCGCCGCGCCAUCGCGCACGGACAGGUGGUAGCGAACAUCGAGCCGGUGCCCGUGCCGGCGGCCUACCAUGAAGAGGACGAGAGCGGAGGCUUCGAGUCGUACCGCGCCGACCCGCGCCGCAGGCUCGCCCCGCCCGGCGGGUCCGUACAGCGGGACCAGCCGCAGCCCGCCAGACGCUGCUCGGACACGCUAGUUAGUGUCGCGGUCGAAGCUCAAGCCCCCACGGUUUACCACAUCAGCGCGGACCCGCUGGAGGCGGACAUCCGGUCGCUGCUGGCGCUGGACGCGCGCGCGGCGCGCUCCCUCCCCAACCUCCCCACCCUCCCCUCCCUCCCCUCCCUCCCCUCGCUGCGCGCCUCGCGGGAGUCGCUCCUCCCCGCCGCGCCGCCGUCCUGAGG